AUGAAGAAAUCUAUAAAAGAAAUUAAAUUAAAAUUAAAGAAAAAAAAAAAGAAGGGGCAUUUUAUUUCUUUUUAUGAUAGAAUAAAAGAAAUUAAUGAAAAAGAAAAAUUAGAGGAAUAUAAUAUAUUGAAUGAUAACAAAUAUGAUGACUAUUUAAAAUCAUAUAAAAUAAAUAAUGAAUCAUAUAAUAUUGAGGAUUUGAAAAAUACUAAUUUUUAUACAGCUUUAUGCGAAUAUCCAAAAAAUUGUUACAACAAUGAUUUUAAAAAAUGCUGCACAGAGUUAUUAAAAUAUUCAAAAAAUUUGAUGGUAAUUUUACUAAACAAAGAUAAGAUUUUUUCUACUCUCUUAAAAUAUAUACAGAAUACUAAAAUUGAAAACGAUGAAUAUUAUUUUUAUAAAUUAUUAGUUAUAUUAAUAAAAGAUUUAAAAAAUGAAAGCAAAAAGUAUAUAGAACAAAUAUUGAAAAUUUUAUAUGAUAAAAUAAAUUUUAAUAAUCUUGAUUUAUUAGAAGAAAUAUUUAAUACCUACGCAAAUAUAUUUCGUAUUAUGAAUAAAACAAUUAUUAAGAAUAUUGAAAAAUAUUUAAAGUUAUCCUUACCUUUAUUAUGCCAUCGUAAUAACAUAAUAAAAAUUUUUAUUGCUGAUAGCUUCUCUUAUCUGUUAAGAAAAUUAUCAUUACAUGAUCUUAUAUUAUGUUUUCAUAAAAUAUAUUCUUUCUUCAAUAUUGUAAAAAAAAAUAAAUUAAAAGAUUAUUCAGAAACAGUUAGUCUUCUAAUGCUAGAGGCUUUAAAAGUAGAUAACGAAAAACUAUCUAAGAAAACAUUACCUUUUUUGAAAUAUAUAAUUUAUGCAAUUUUUUUAAAAGAAACUUAUUAUUGUGAUGAAACAAAUUGCUAUUAUGAACAUAUAGAUAUCAAGGACUUUUAUUUUAUAGAAAAAUCUAUUUUUACCUUUUUUGUUGAUAUAUAUAAUUUUAUGAAAAAAGGAACAUUUGAAUUUAUAGAAAUUUUUCUAACCUUUAUUUUAAAAAAUUAUUCCCUGUUAUUUAAUAAAUAUUAUAGUGAUAUAUUAUUUUCCUUUAAAGAUACAGAUAAUUUAAAUUCAAUUACGAAUGAAUCAUAUGGGUAUAUUUUUAACAAUCUUACUCUAAGUAAUUUAAACGAAAUUAUAUAUACCAACUAUAACGAUCAGUUUGAUAUAUACGAUAAAGAACAGAAUGAAAUAAAGAAUAUUAAUUUAGAUAAUAGCAGAAAAUUAAAUAAUAACGAAAAUGAAAUAAGUAAGGAUAUAAAUUUUCCUAAUUUCCUAGAUAGUAUAAUUUUUAUUAAAGAUAAAUUUUACGUAUCCACAAAUUUUUUUUUAAAAAAAAUACUCAACAUUUGGUUAGAAAAAAAUAAUGAAAAGAAAAGUAUAAUAAUGGAAACAUGCUUAUCUGAACUAAGUAAAUAUACACAAAAUAUAAAUAACUUAAAAUUAAAUUAUGUAAGUUUUUUCUUUAUAUGGAAUUUGUAUGAUCAUGCUUUUUUUUUAUUAAAUCAUUAUUCAAAAUGUAAUGAAAAUAUAAAUAAUAUUUAUAUUUCUCUUGUCGAAAAUUUUAUGUUUGUUUUAAAAGAAGAUAAUAGCAGUGAUAAUAUUUUCUAUAAAUAUUUGUUAUGCUUUUUUGUUCUUAAAAUAGAUGAAAUUUUAAAUAAAAAAAAUGUAAACAAUAACAAUAUUUGUUUUCAAAUUUUUUUAAAAUUUUUGUAUUUAAAUAUAGUAAAGAAUCAUGAAUAUAUCAACACUUAUUUAUAUGAGAAAGAAAGCUAUGUAACUAAUACAACUAUCAAUUCAGAUAAAAAAAACUUAAAGGAAGAAAUAGAGGAGCAAAUUUUAGAUAAAAAUAUAUUAAGAGGCUUUGAAAAAGCAAAAUAUCAAAAAAAAAAAUUUAAUUCUUUCUUGAAUAAUAUGUAUUUAUGCAAAUUAUUUACUUUGUACGAUGUUAUAAAGAAUACACAAAAAAAAGGUAAUAUUGAUAAUGAUAUUAUUAUUACAGAAAAGAGUUACAAUGAAAUUCAUAAAAAAAAUAAUAAUACUGAUGAUAAAAAUAAUUGUAAUAUUAAUGAUAAAAACGAAACUAUUAGUUAUAGGAAUAUUUAUAAUUAUAAUGAUAAUUUUAUGUUAUUAGAAGUAGAAAAAGAUUUAGAAAAUUUACAUAUAUUUAUUUUCGAUCAAAUAAAAAAAUUACAUAUAAUUUUAAAAAACAUUAUUGAUAAUAUAAAUUACGGGAUUGAUAUAAAUAUAAUAAAUACAAUAAAUAAAGAAAAACUUAUCUAUAUAAGAAUGAUAAUACUAUUUUUAUUUGCUUUCGUUAAUUUACUAGCAGAAAUAAAUAAUAAGAAUACUAUGUUACUCACCAAAUGUAGUAAAGAAAAUUAUUCAAUACUUCAUAGUAUAUGUGAAGAUCUUGAGAAAUUAAAGUACAGUAAUUUUUUAUUAAGUCAAUAUAUAGAAAACAAAAAUUGUAAAAUUAAAAUAUAUAUAAAUAGUAUUAUUCUUGAUAUAAAUAAUAUGAUAAUACUUUCAGCAAAUGCAUAUAACAAUGUAGAUGAAGAUAUACUUUCAAUUAACACAACAUUUUUAAUAAGUUUUUUAAAUAAAUUGGAUAAACAAGAUAUUUAUUUUGUAAAUUUUUUGAAAAAACUGAAAAAUGUAAUUACAAAUUUAUAUGAAUCUAAUUAUUUUAAAGAUAAAAUUAAUAAUAUAUUUUUAUACCUAAAAUUUUUAAAAAAAAUUAUGUUAUAUUAUGAUACAAUAUGCAGAAAAGAAUUAUUAAAAUUGAUAAAAUUACUAGUAAGCAUAUAUAUUGAAUUGAAAUCUAAUAAAAUUAAUUUAGACAAUAGUGAAGAAAUAAAUAUAAAUAGACUAUAUGAAAAAGUUUUAUAUAUUUUUGAUUGCUUGAUAUAUUUAGAAACAGAACAAUACUUACCAACUUAUGAAAAAAUAUAUAAUUCAAAAAUAAUUGAUAUAAUGAAUUAUUUUGACACUUUAAAAAAUUUUAAUUUUUUAAGUGAAUAUAUAUUUAAAAUUUCUACAAAAAUAUUUAUUAAUGAACUAAUUAUGUUACUAAAUGCUAGUUUAAUAACUAUACCUAAAUCUAUUAUUUUUUCAUUAAAAAAUUUUUUUUUGAGUUGUAAUAUCCCAAAAAAAAUAAUUGAAAAAGGUGAUUAUUUUUCAGAAUAUUACUUUUACAUAUUAAAAAAUAUAUUUAAAGUUGGUAAAAAGAAAUUACAAACAAUUGAAGAAUUAAUAGAAGAAAAAGAAAAACAAAAUAAUGAAUCAUUAAAAUAUAGUGAUUCUGAAAAUAACAUUAUUCAGUAUUAUGAAAAUGAAAAUAGAUGUAAUUUAUAUGUAAACUAUUUUAAGGAUAACGAAUCAAAUAUUUAUAAUCAAAAUAACUCCGUUUUUUUAAAAGAAAGUUUAAAUGAAAAUAAUGGUAAUGAUAAUAAUAUUAAUAAUAAUAAUAAUGAUGAUAAUAAAUGUACUUAUGAUAUUAAAAAUAAAAUAUUAAUUGAAAAUAAGAAUUUAAAAAAUAUUGUUUCAUUAAAUAUAAAGAUGUAUGAAGAAAAAUUACAAAAUUGUUUAAAUAAGAAAGAAAAUAAAAGUUUAAUUUCGUUAACAGUUAAAGAAUUAGAUAUAGAAAAUUCUCUAAAAAAUAUUUUAAGCUUGUUUGAUUUAUUAAUAUCUCCAUUAAUAAAUGCUGUUAGUGAAACUUUUAAAAUGAAGAUAUUAAACAUAUAUAUUUGGAUUGUCACAUACAUAAAUACAAAGUGUAAUAAUUAUAUAAAUAAAUUAAAAUAUUAUAAAUUGAUUAACAUUUUAUUUGAUAUUUCUUAUAAUAUGAAUAAUGUGUUUCUUAAUCAUAGGGACAAUGCGUAUAACAAAAAAAAUUUACAAAGUAGUAACUCGAAUUCAUAUUUAAUUGAUCAAAUUAAAUUAUUAAUUAAAUUGUUUAUAAGUAAAUUUAUUUAUAAUAUGCAUAUUUUAAGAAUUCCUAAUAUUUUAAAAUUUAUUAAUAUUUUAUGCACAUAUAAUGAAAAAUUGAACAAUUACAAAAAUGAUAUUGAAGAAAUAUUAUCAGAAAAAAAUAUUAAUUUUACCAAGUUACUAUUAAAUAUAAAAGAAGAAGAUACUGAUUUCAUUACUCCUUUCCUAAUUAAAAUAAUUUUUUGCUUACUAAAAAAUGGAAUGAAAAAAGGAAGUUAUAAAUUAAAGAAAAAUAUGAUUUUUUAUUUAUCUAAUAUUUCUUAUAGUAAUUAUUGUUAUAUUUUUAUAUCUUCUAUAUAUUCUUUUAUAAAUGUUUACAAAAAUAAAAUUGACUAUAAUAAUUUACUAAGAUAUAAUGAUAAAGAACAAGUCUUGAUUAAUUUUUUAAAUGAUUGCAAGGGUAAUUUUUGUAACUAUUGGAAUUUUGUGUAUGAUAAGAAAAAUAUUAAUAUAAAAAAUGAUAGUGGAAAUUCCUUUUUAUAUGAAAACAUCUUUAAUCAUUCUUAUUGGUACUUUAAUGGUUAUAUAAUUGAAAUAAAAAAGGAUGCAUUAUUUAAAAAUUUUGUUUUCAAAAAAAAUUUCAAUUUAUUAAUAGAAAUAUUAAAAAUUAUGAAAUAUAAAUUAAAUAAUUAUUUUGAAUUUUUCUUUCAUAUUUUUAUUACAAUAUCUUAUUAUAUUAAUAGCUAUUAUUAUUUAAAAAAAAAAUUAAAAUUAAAGGAGUUAUUUUUAACAAUUAGGCAUACGGAUAAUGAUAAAGACAAGUAUAAUUAUGAUCAUUUCCAAAAUGACUUAUCAUUGUCUAAUAGUAACAAUAAUAAUAACGAUAAUGCUAUUUUAAAUUUUGUAAAAAUUUGGGAUGAUAAAAAUAAUUCUAAAAUAGUUAAAAAUGUUUGCUUAACGAAUACGAAAAUUAUUGAAUUAAAUAUAAAAGAUAAAUAUUUGAAAAAUAUACAUAAAAAAUGCAUCGAAAGCAUUCAAUUCAUUAUGCUUAACUACGAAAAUAUAAAAUUUAAUUUACUUAAAGUUAAAGAGUUCUUUACCUUUUUGUUUUACAAAAAUAUAAGAAGUGUAGGUAAAAAAAAUUUAUUCUUAAAUAUUUUAUUUAAUAUUUGGUGUAAAAAUGAAGCUUAUUAUGAUUUUUAUAAUACUAUUAUACCUAAUUCCAUUUUAAUGCUAAUUAAAGUUAUAAAUAACAAAAAUAUUAUUAAAAAAUUAAGUGAUAAUGAAUGGAGUAAUAUGACUGAUAAGGUUUUUAAUAUUAUUUUACGUUUAUGUGGAUAUGAUGAUAAUAACGAAUUAUUUAAAAGAAAAACCUAUAAAAAAAGUCAUGUUUUAAAUAAUAAAAAGAAUAUAUCCCUUAUUUUAUCAGAUGAAAAGAAAAAUUCUGAAUUACGUAUUUUAACUGGUAUAAGAAUAUUGAAACCAUAUAUUUCUGAUAUUAUUUUAUGUAUUAAAAAGGUAAUUUUUAAAAGAUAUAAAGAUUUUUUGCAUAAUAAAAAUGGUUUAAUUUUAAAUAAAAAAAAAAUGAACGAGAUAUCAGUUAUUAAUAAUAAGGAAUUGCAUAUUUUAAUUGAAUUAUCAUCUAUUAAUAAAAAUCAAAUAAAUAACAUUCAUAUUAUUAAUUUAAUAAUUACUUUUGUAUUAAUAAAUAAAAAGUCUUUACAUUGUAAUAAUCCCGAUUAUAUUAAUAAAAUAAAAUUAAUACUAAUAGCUAUAAAAAAAUUAAUUAUUAAUAUAUCAAAGCAUGAAUAUACUAUAAUUAAGAGAAGAAAAAAUAAUUUUAACUUUUCUUGCUGCAAUAAUUUAUUUACCAAAAAUGCUCAGUUAUCAGAAAUGAAAGAUAAAGAAAAAAAAAUAACAAAUAAUAAUAUGUCAUUUUCAUCUUGCUUUUAUUAUAGUUCACUUAAAUAUCGUAUUUGCUUAAAAUUAAAAACAAUGCUAUAUGAAAUUAUUCAAAGAUGUUAUGAUUUAAGUUGUAGAGUACUUGCUGGUAAACUUUUAAUUAUGAUUGGUUGUGUCCUUUUAAAAAUAAGAAACAUUAAGAAAUAUUUAGAAAUUUUCAAAAAAAAUGUUAAUUUAUUUUUGAAGAGAACCAAUAGUUUAAAUUAUAACUCUAAGAAUGUUUUAAAGCAUAUAAUAAAGAUACCUUUAAAAAGUGAAAAAAUUCAAAAAAGUAAAUAUUAUUCUUUUCUUCAAAUAGCUCAAAUAUAUUAUAGUCUAAAUAUUUUCAAUACAGAGAGUUUAUAUGAACAAUAUGAUUCUGAUGUUCAAUUUUUAAUUAUGUUAGAUCUUUGUAAUAUUAAAUUAUCUUCUAACAUAAUUUAUUAUUUACAGAAAAAUGGUGAAAAUGCAAAAGGAAACGAACUUAGUAAUGAAAGUAUUAAAGAUAACAUAUAUUUUUCAAAAUUAUCAUAUAAAGGUGAAAGCAAAGAAAAUGAAAAGAAAUACAAAAUCAAGAAGUUUACAUCUGAGUAUUUGUUUUUAAAUAGUAACAAAAUAUUUUUCGAAAUAUUAAUUAGACAUUGUUUAUUUCUGAUCUUUAACGAACAAACCAAUGAGAUGGUGAGAGAUAAGUCGAUUAACUUUAUUUUGUUUUUUACUGAACUCUUAAAAUAUUUAUUAGAAUCUUAUGAAAAAAAAAAAGGAUACGAUAGUAUGAUUAUCGACAUUAAAAUUUGCAUUUAUUUUGUUAUUAACAUAAUAAUACCUAAAGCAUUAAAUGCAUUAAAAAGAAAUAUCAAUGAUUUCACAAAGAACUCUAUGUAUAUAAUACUUACUUCUUCAAAAAACAUAUGCCCAUAUAUGGAAAUAUUAAAAUCUUUAAAAAUUGAUACAUUUUUAAAUGAUAUAAAAAUUUCCUAUACAAAAAAUAAUAUAUUAAAUGAAAGCAUAAACCCAAUAUUUAGUUUUAACAUAAUAAAAAUAGAAAAUGAAAAGGAAAAUUACAACAUCAAAAAGGAGGGAAUGAAAAACUUUAAAGUAUUAGAAAAAUUACUAUUUUACGAUUUAUAUGAUAAUAUGGUUGUACAAAAUAAUUCAAAUAAUAAAUGCUUACAUAAGAAAAAAAAAUUAAAUGAUAAGGAUGAUACAAUAAUUGAAAAUAUAAUAGACUUAAAAUCUGAAAAUAAUUCCGAGGGUAUUAAAAAGUUGGCUACUGUUACACCUCACUUAUCAUUUUAUACAAUACAUAAAAUAGUAAUUCCUUUAUCAUUAAAUUAUAUCUUUCAGACAAAUUCUAAAAAAGAAACAUAUGAUAAAAUUCUUAGUUUAAAUAGUAUAAAAUUACUUGGGAUGUGUACGGAAAAAGUAUAUAUAAAAAAUAUUUAUAAUUUAUUAUCAUUAUUAUUGUUUGAACUAAAAAAAAAUUCAUUCAAUAAAAUAUACAUUGAAAAAACCAUUAGCCAUAUAGUAAGAAAAUAUAAUUUUAGAGAAUUCCAAGAUCUAGAAAGUGAAUAUAAUAUAAAUUUUCAACAGAUUGUAAACAGGAAAAAAAGAACAAAAAAUCCAAAUGAAAUAAGAGAUGCUAAAAAUGAAGAUGGAGUUACUGGUGAAAACAUAAAUAAUGAAAAUGAUAAUAUAGAAAAUGAAAGUGAAAAAGAAACCUCUUUAUGCGAAACGCAAAUUAAAAAUAAAGAAAAAAAUAUUGAAAAAAUAAAUGAAAAAAAAAGAAUUAAUUCAUUUUGCGAUAAAUUUAUUCAGAAUAUAAUUCCUCAGUUAAGAUCUUUAAUGUUUGAUAAAAAAUUGAUAAAUGAAAAAAAAAAAAAAAAAAGUUACAUAAAUGAUUUAGUUGUUGAUUCUAGAAACUUAGAUGUAAUAGCAAAACCAGAUAUUAUACUUUCCUAUUUAGUUAUAUUAAAUAAAAUUGAUUAUAAUUUUCAAAAAGAGUUACAUAAAAUUAUAUAUAAAUUAUGCUAUUGUUUAUCAUCCAAAUUAAAUAUCAUAAGAAGCGAAUCAAAAAAAACAUUAUGCUUUAUUUCUAUGUAUCUAGGUUUGAAUUACUUUGAUUUAAUUAUAAAGCAGAUGUCUGAUUAUUUGACAAAAGGUUAUCAUAUACCUAUCUUUUUAUGUACUGUUAACUCUAUUUUAGAAUCUGUACUGUAUGAAAAAGAAAAAUUUUUGGAUAAGAAUUAUUUAAAAAUUAACUUUAAUAUAUUAAAAGAAGGUAACUUGAAAAAUGAAAAAAAGAAAUUAGAGCACAAUAAUAAAAUAAAAAAAAUAAAAAUGGAAGAUGAAACUCAAUAUGAUGAUUUCUGCUUAAAAAUAUUUAGUAUGAUUAAACUAGAAAUAAUAAAUGAGAUUGAGAAAAAUACAGAAGAUGUUAAUAAAAAAAAAAUAAAAAGAAAAACUAAAGAAAGCAAAAAAACAUAUGGAAGCAAUAUAAUAAAGCUAUUAACAAAUAUUGUAUCAGAGUAUUGUAUAGAAAAUAAUAUUUUAAUAUUUUUGGAGAGUCUUUUUAGUGGUGAAUCUUUUGCAGAUAAUGAAGUAGAUAGAAAUUUUAUAUUUAAGAAAAAAUAUAUAUUUAUAAUUGCAUCUUAUUUUAAUGAUUUUAUAAAAGGAUUAAAAGAAAAUAAAAAUUUGACAUCUAGCUUUAUUUUAAAUAUCAUAUACAAGUUAUUGAUAAAAUCUGUAUAUUUCUUUAAGGGAGAUACAUACGAAAAUUUACUUGCUGUUAUGAAAAACUCAGAUCUAUUAUUAUUUAAGUAUCAAAUGUUAAAUGACAUAAAUAAUUUUAACAGUUUUAAAAAAAACUUACAUUUUCUUGUUUCUACAGAAAUUUCACAACAUAAAUAUUUAGGUUAUAAUUACGAAUAUAAAUUUAUUGAAUAUCCUCAAAAAAAAAGUAACUUAAAUAUAAUAGAAGGAUCAUUUCAAGAAAAAAGUAUAUAUGAUUCAAUUAACAAAACAAAAAAGUAUGAUUUCAAAGUGCAUGCUGAAGUUUUAGCUAAAAUGUCUUUAAAGUUACUAUUAUUUAUAAUUAAAAAAACAAAUGAAUUUUUUUUUAAAGAAAAAGAUAAAUCAAAUAUAAAUUCAACGAAAAUAGAUGUAAAUUUAGGUAAUAUAAAUUAUCAGAUUAAUAGCAAUACCAAUAAAAAUACAAAUGAAUUAUUAAAUUGUAACCAAGAGAAUAUUACAAAUGAUAAUUUAAUUAUGAAUACUGUAAAUAUUAAAAAAUCAGAAGAUACCCUAAAUGAUAAUUCAGGUAAAAGAGAUGUAAGCCCUUUAACAAAUAAAAAUGAUAUAGAAAAAAAGGAUGAUUUUUCAGUCUUUGUUAAUUUUAUUCAUUUAAUUGAACCAUUGCUUGUUUACUGCUAUUGUUAUGGUAAAGGAGACGUAUUUAUUUUAUCUUCCAAAUGUAUUAAAAAUAUAAAAGGAAAAAAAUUUGCCGAUUUUAGAAAUUUUGGCAAAUUAGUUAUUUUGUCUUCCAUUGAUAUAUUAAAAAAUAUUCCUAAUUAUUAUAGUAAAGAAUUUGAUAAACUUAUUUUAUCAUGUAUUGAUACCUUGAUAUAUUUAAUAAAAAAUAAUAAUAAAAAUGAUAUUAUGUCUUGGCUAAAUUCGGUUGUUUCAAAUGAUACUUAUAAUAAUUCUAAUAAUAAUAUUCCGAAUAAUAAGAGAAAAAUAGAAAAAAGUAAUAUGAAUAAAGUAAAAAAUCUUAAACGACAAAAGAAAUUGAAUUAUUUGUUAGAUGAAAAUACAUUUUCUACAUAUUAUAAUGAUAAUGAUGAUGAUGAAUUACACGAAGAAUAUGCAUACUCCUUAAGAUAUUGUUUAAUAAAUCAAAUAUCAUUACUUCUUGAAAGUAAAAAUCAUAUAUGGGAACUGUUAGUAUUAUUCAAAAAUUGCAUAUUACGGGAAGACAUUAAUAAUAUUAUUAAGGAUGGGGUUAUUUUUUUAAAAAUAAAUAGUUGCAUAGAUCAAAUUUUUACAAUAAUGAUUGAAGAAUCGCAUAACUUGAAAUUAUCUUUUCUAUGUGGUCAGAUUUAUAUUGAUUUUUUGAUGAGAUUUCCUUUGUCAAAAAAAGAAAAAAGGAAAAAGUUUUUUGUCAUAUUAAACAACUUAAAUGAUGAAAAUGAAGAUUCUAGGAUUGCUAUUUUAAAUAGCAUAUAUAUUUUUUUAAAUAGAUCUAAUUCAAAAUUACUAAAAGAAGAAUUUUACUUCACUACUUUUGCUAGUCUUUUAACUAAUUUUUCAAAUGAAAGUGAUUCAAAAUGCAAAAAAAUGUAUGUGUUCUUAAUAUCAUUAUUAUUUCAACAAGUAAAUGAUUUAAAUUAUGUUUUUAAUUCCUAUAAAAUUUUAAAAGAUAAUUUAUCCUUUAAUACAAAAGCUUCUUUUGCAUAUACUUACUUAUACUUAUUACCUGUAUUUACAUCUUUUUUUUAUAAAAAAAUUCCUAGUUAUCAUAAAAUAAUUUUAAAUGAAAUUUCUUCAAGAAAAAAUGAACAAAAUAUUUCAAAGAAUUAUCAAAAGGAUAUAAAAGAUAAGAUUACUCAAAUUUGUUUAGGGGAAAAAAAUUGUAAAAAAUAUAUUGAAGAAAAUGGAAAAGUAUUUUUACAAGAGGAUUCAAAAAAUUGUUUUGACAUUAUUCGUAAUCAUUUUGUAUGUGAAUUACUUAAUUAUUGCAAUAAUAAAAAUAAGAAAAAUAAUUUGAAUGAAGAAAAAAAAAAAAAAAAGAAUCCCAACAAAAAUGAACUGGAUUUAGUACAAGAUAAGAUUACUUUUAUGCAUAAUCAAUUAGAAGACUUAUUUUUGUUAUUAAUGACUCAUUUAAUGAAUAAAUACUUUUUAAAUAUAAAAACUAUCAUGCAAGAAGAUAAAAACAUAAUUAACAUAUUUACUUCUAUUGAAAAUAUUACAUAUUUCUGUAAUAAUUAUGAUAUGUAUACAGAAAUGGAUAAAGAUAUAGUGUAUUUAUUUUAUAAAUCAUUAGAACAAAUUUUUUUUUAUUUGGAUAUUCAUUUAAUAGAAAAAUUAUUACCUGAAAAAUAUGUUCAUGAAAAAUAUAAAUCAUUUUUCUUUAAAAUUAAUCAAAUAACUUAUUCUGAGGAAAACAGUAUAAAUAGAAAUAUAUGUACUGAAAAAAUUUCUGAAAAAGAUAAUAUAAUACAUAACGAAAAGGUUAACGAAAACAACAAAUUAAUAAGUAGUAAUAAAAAUUAUGAAAAGCUGAUUAUAUAUUUUUUAUAUUUCUGGACAUUAAUAUUUGAAAAUGGACUUUUUAAUAAAAAUCCUUAUAUACAAAUAAUCUCAAUAAAAAUAGUUUUGAAUUAUAUUAAUAAGAAAAUGAAAUUUACAUUUUUCCCAUUAUUAUUAGUUAAAUUAUUUUCAUCCCCCAAAUUUAUUAUUAAUAUAAUUAUUAAAAAACUUUUAUCUCUACUUUUAAAUUCAUAUUUUCUGGAACAUUUUUAUAUAUAUUAUAAGGAAGUGAGUUUCUUACUUUCAGAAAUAUGCAAAAUUUUAAUUUAUUUUCCUUGGAUAACUAAUGGAUAUGAGGAAAAUCAGAAUGAAAAAGAUAAUAAAUGUUUUAUUCACAAUGAUAUAAAAUUUUGUCAUUCUAUAAAAUUAAGCAGCGAAGUAAAUAGUACUGAGUUAUUAGAUUAUCAAGGGAAAAACUGUAUUGAAAAUAAUUUACUAAAGACUUCCUUAUUACAAGACGAUAACAUUUCUUCAAAGAUAGAAAAUAAGGAAUUAUACAAUUCAAGUGAUGAUGAAGAAUAUAGAAAAGUUAACAUAAUUUUACAAAAUGAAGAAAAUACAAAAGCAAUAACUAAUAUAUGUGAUUACCAAAAAAAUCAAAAUAUUAUUGUAGAAAAUAUUAAAAUAACUAAGGAAAUCUUAUCAUAUAGCAAAUUUUUUUUAAUUAUUGUUACAUUAUCACGAGCAAUAAACCUGCAUUUAAAGAAUAAAAAAAAAGCAUUUACAAGAAUAUUAACUAUUUUAAAUACUUAUAAAAAUAUAAUUAGUGAUUUUCCUGAGGAAUUGUGGAAUUCUGAAAAUGGAAUAAUUAAUAAUGUUAUCAUGCCGUUAUAUAAAAUAGCAUCUAUAUCUAAAAAAAAAGAUUUUGUGGAAAAUGAAAAUAUUUUUCAAGACAAUACAUAUAAAAAAUUUUUAUAUUUAUCAAGUUUUUCGUGGGAUAUUAUUUCACUAUUAGAGAAAAAAUUACAAAAUAAGGGUGAUGUUUUUAAUAAAGCUUUCAUUCAAAUUAGACAAAGAAUAAAUAGAAUUAGAUUUAUUAGGAAAAAAAUGAAAAAUAUAUUAGCUAUAAAAAAUCCCCAAUUAUAUACAUUACGUAAAUUAAAAAAAAGGGAGAAAUUAAAACUGGAAAAAAAGAAAAGAAAAAUGAACUUAUAG